AUGCAGCGUCUUCCCGCCAAGCUCUGCCGCAACGUCGUACGCCCCGCCUGCGACGUCUUCAUCAACCACCGUGGCAUCGACACCAAGAAGAACGUCGCCGGUUUGAUCUACCACCACCUCUCCGGCAUGGGUGUCCGGUCGUUCCUCGAUAGUAUGAAUAUGAAGCCCGGCGACCGGCUCUUUGAUCAUAUUGACAGGGCCAUUCGCGGUUGCAAGGUCGGCGUCGCCGUCUUCAGCCCGCGGUACUGCGACUCUUACUUCUGCCUCCACGAGCUCGCUCUUCUCAUGGAAUCGAAGAAAAAAGUGGUUCCGAUCUUCUACGACGUGAAGCCGUCCCAGCUUCAGGUCAGAGACAAUGGGACUUGUCCGGCGAAAGAGCUUCAGAGGUUCAGAUACGCACUUGAAGAAGCCAAAUACACUGUUGGAUUGACCUUCGACCCAGUCACAGGGGACUGGUCGGAAUUACUGAAGGAUGCUUCAGAAGCGGUGAUUACCAACUUGCUGGAGGUUGAAGAAGAACGGAAACGACGCCGUUAG